GCCUCCGUCUUCCUGUUUGGGUGCCGCAGCUGGAAAAAUGGCAGCAGAUACAGGGAGAUACAGGAGUGCAGUUAAUAAAAAUAAGGACCCUUCUGGUCUUCUUAUAUCUGUCAUAAGGACUCUGUCCAGCAGUGAUGAUGUGCAGGACAGAGAGACAGAGAAGGGUCGUCUGGAAGAGGCCUUUGAGACGUGUGACAGGGAUUUAGAUGAGCUGAUUGUUCAGCAUUAUGCUGAACUCACCACUGCCAUCAGGACCUACCAGAGCAUCACAGAGCGCAUCACCAGCUCCCGCAACAAGAUCAAACAGGUGAAGGAAAACCUUCUGUCUUGUAAGAUGCUGCUCCAUUGCAAAAGGGAUGAGCUGAGAAAGUUGUGGAUAGAGGGCAUCGAGCACAAGCACGUCCUCCAGCUGCUGGAUGAAAUCGAAAGCAUCAAGCAGGUUCCACAGCGGCUGGAGGCCUAUAUGGCAAGCAAACACUACCUUCAUGCCACAGAUAUGCUGGUGUCAGCCGUGGAGUCCUUGGAAGGCUCCUUGCUGCAGGUGGAGGGGCUCGGAGAUUUGCGUCUGGAGCUCCACAGCAAGAAGCUCAACAUCCAUCUUGUACUCAUUGAUGAGCUGCACCGACAUCUCUACAUAAAGUCUACCAGUCGGCUGGGACACAAGAACAAGGACAAAAAUGCUUCUCGCCUUCCAGGCUCCACAGUCAAAGAGACAUCUCCAGUGCCUGCAUUGGAUGUCAGCAGCAUGUCCACCCCGCGCAAGCUGUUGGAUUCGUCACAGUUCAGCACACCUGGAUCCAGCAGUGUACGUGAGCUACAGCAGGAUGUGCGAGAUUUGAACCAAACGGACCUACCUGAGGUGGACCCAGAGGAGAACAGUGCCGAGUUCAUGGGCAUCCUCAUAAAGGCCCUUGCCAAGCUGAAGAAAAUCCCUGAGACCAUCAAAGCCAUAAUGGAGAGGCUGGAACCUGAGCUGAAGCAGAUCGUAAAGAGGUCCACCACUCAAAUUGCAGACCAUGCUUACCAGAGAGGAGAAAACCUGGCCCAGGAAAGCCAGCCAAGGCUGCUUCUGGAGCUGCUGGAGCUUUUGUUUGACAAGUUCAAGGCCGUAGCCCAGGCUCACAGUGUGGUGUUGGCCCACCUGCAGCAGAUCGCAGUGCAGUGCCCGGCCGGGGCCCACGAAGAAGACAUCAAACUCUACGAGCAGGCCGACGUCUCUGCCAAGAUCCAGACGGUGCUGCAGGUUCUCCUUAUGGAGUAUCUGGAUGUGAAGAACAGCCGCAGCACCACAGAGCCGUCGGCUCAGCUUUCCUAUGCCAGCACUGGCAGUGAGUUUGCUGCCUUUUUCGCGAAGAAAAAACCACAGCGUGCAAAGCAGUCGCUCUUCAAGUUUGAAUCAUCUUCCCAUGCCAUCAGCAUGAGUGCCUACUUGAGAGAGCAGAGGCGAGAACUCUACAGCAAGAGUGGAGAAUUACAAGGUGGCGCCGAUGACAACCUGAUUGAAGGGGGAGAAAUGAAAUUUGUGUGUAAGCCGGGAGCAAGGAACAUCACUGUGAUCUUCCAGCCUCUUCUCAGGUUCAUUCAGGAGAUAGAGAUGAACAUGGGACCAGGCCAGGCUAAGCAGUGCCAGCUCCGAGCCUUCCUCACUUACUACAUCAAUGACCUCUUCCUCAAUCAGGUGCGAACAGAGAUCAACAAGGAAAUUGAGGCAGUGAGCAAAGCAUCGGACCCCUUGAAGAUCCUUGCCAGCGCUGAUACCAUGAAAGUCCUGGGAGUUCAGAGACCCCUGCUGCAGAGCACAGUGGUAGUGGAGAAGUCCAUCCAGGAUCUAAUGAGCCUAAUGCGAGACCUGAGUGCCUACUCCAACCAGUUCCUUGAGAUGGUCUGCGACAAGCUCAAAGACUACAAGGAAAUCUGCAACACAGCCUACAGGGCUGUAGUCCAGUGUGAGGAGAAGCUAACCAUCAGCGCUUCCUGGUCUAAAGACGAGGACAUCAGUCGUCUGCUCCAGUCGCUCCCUAACUGGGCAAAUAUGGCCCAACCCAGACAGACGCGCCAAAAGAGAGAAGACGAAGAGGACUUUACUCGGGCGGCUUUCGCUAAGGAGUCGGAGGUGCUGACCGGGAACCUAGGAGACAAGUUGAUCCCCCAGAAUGAGAUCCUGCGCGACGUCAGUGACCUCAAGGCUCUGGCCAACCUUCACGAGAGCAUGGAGUGGUUGGCCGCUCGCCUCAAGACAUUCUUCGCCAACCUGCCUCAUGCCUCCAGUGCAUCUCCAUGCUCAGCAGACAGCCAGGUGGUUGGCGAGAGCGAACGGAGCAGGGAGCAGAUCCUCCAGACCCUCAGCGACCUGUCCAGGGGCUUCCAGGAUAUUGCUGACCGCUGUCUCCUGGUCUUGCACCUGGAGGUCAGAGUGCAUUGUUUCCAUUACCUGAUCCCCCUGACUAAGCAAGGUAAUUAUGCCAUCGUGGCUAACGUGGAGAGCAUGGACUACGACCCACUGGUGGUCAAACUGAACAAGGACGUGUCAGCCAUAGAGGAGGCCAUGGGGGCAGCCCUGCAGCAGCACAAGUUCCAGUACAUCUUUGAAGGUCUGGGUCAUUUGAUCUCCUGUAUUCUAAUCAACGGAGCCCAGUACUUUAAGAGGAUCAGCGAGUCUGGUAUCAAAAAGAUGUGCAGGAACAUUUUUGUCCUCCAGCAGAACCUCACCAACAUCACCAUGUCCAGGGAGGCUGACCUUGACUUUGCCAGGCAGUACUACGAGAUGCUGUACAACACGGCAGAUGAGCUGCUGAAUCUGGUGGUGGACCAGGGCGUUCGCUACACUGAGCUGGAGUACAUCAAUGCUUUGUCUUUGCUCCAUCGCAGCCAGACGGGUGUAGGGGACCUGAGCACCCAAAACAUACGGCUGCAGAGGCUGAAGGAGAUCAUCUGUGAGCAGGCCGCCAUCAAACAGGCCACCAAGGACAAGAAGAUCACUACAGUGUAAUGAGAAAACAGGGCAGGGUCCACAGGAGGGUUGAAAUUAGAGAGAGAUUAGAGAAACAGUGGAAGAGAGUAACGGUGUGUUUUCCAAUCACCAAUCUGUGCUUCACGUUUUUGUUUCACCUCCCUCAGAUUAGUCUAGCAGGAACAUGUGCAGCAGAUAAGUGGGUCAUGUAGGCAAGAGUUGGGACUGAUAGAGCAAAUUCUAAAUAUUUAAGAAGUGGCUUAGGAAACGCUGAAAAGAGAGGCUUGCUCUAGACAUAGAUCAUAAUGCAAGUGAAAUCUAUUGAUGGAGUGUGUGUCUUCUACAUUUCAUCUUGACUGAUGUGAUGAAACCCAUUGUAGAGUGCUGACACAAAUAUAGCUUCUUCCAACUCUAUAUAAAUAUAUAUAUAUCUAUAUAUAGAUAUAUAGAUAUAUAUAUAUGUAACACUGACUCAGUCUAAUUGGGAAGCGAGGUGACAGCCAACACAAUUUGCAAACUUUGCAAGUCUAGUUCCCCAUGUAUCUAUGUCAAAAGGUAGCCUGUAUUGUCAAUUUGCACUUUUUAAAAGACACAGCAAUUGCAGCACUCGUGCUCCGACUCCAGCAGUCCCCUGCUUGCCAUGACUCCAGCUCCAGAUAAAAGGCGAUUGUCUUGGACAACCAAACUUAGGCCCCCAUCUCAUCUCAUUUUCCUAUUAGAUCUAAACUGCUGCUCUCAAUUACACCUCUAUCUCUCCUCUCCCGGCAGCCCCAUGGGCCCACUGAUUCUGUCUGCAAUAACAGAUGCCAGAUUAGACUGUCUGAAUGAGGCCACAUCUUCUGCCUGCUGCCAAUUUGGGUUGGUCCCCAAAGAUUUCCCUAGCUGAGAAUUGUAUCAUAUCUGGGGCUGUUAAAAAUCUGUUUAUCUGUCUUUUUUAUAGUUUAUGCUGUAAAUUGUGCAGCUCUUGUGGAAAGUUGCGAGUUGAUUAAAAAUUUUUUUCUUUACAAAUUGGACAAUAGAGACUCAGUAAUGAAGAUAUUUUUGCUGAUUUCAGUUUCAUCUGUCUGUAAAACAAGGUUUAUUUCAAAUGUUUUACUCCAAGUCCAGUACAGCGCAGUGGAAUGACUUGCAUUUUUUGUAUCAAGGAAUAUGUGUGGGAAAACAUUUCAACACUCAAAUAGAAAUAGAUGCAAUUCUGAGUCUUUAUUUUGUCAUCCCCACCACAUGUGCUCAAGUCUUUUAAAACGAACUAAACAGAUAAACUCAAGAGACGAUCACAAAUCAUUCCUCUCCCUCCAACCAUCCUUAUUUUUAGUUCAUUAACUUGGGAGAGAAGUACUUAACAAGAGGAGGAGAGGGGAAUGGGAGGCUUGUCAAUACAGCCAGCCCGCCGCUGGUCUCCCUGAAGCCCACAGAGCAAUCCAUCAUCAUGACACAUAGGCUGGGAUCGAUGGGAAAACAACCGUGGAGCUGCUGAGGGGGUUCGCCUACCACUCUGAAACGUACACUUGGUGUAAAAUCUAAAAUCUGCUCAUUCAGCUGUUCACUUCAGAGCUACUUUUCUAACGUUAUACAUGAGAAACUUUAAUACAAUGUUAACUGACUGUGUCAUCACACAGAUCCUAUUAUUGUAUUCCUACACUGUGCACACAAACCCAUAGAAGUCCACAAGGCUUACGUAUUGGACAAACUCAGAAUAUUUAAGAGCAAAACACUCCUGCUGUCCAUGCUUUUUGUUCAUGAAUGAAAUAUGUAAAAUGUAUCAAAGAGGCAAAACUCAGCUUAUCUGCUGUCUCUGUGUUUUUUUUUUUUCUUUCCUGGAACUUUAUUUUGCACAUCUAUUUGACCUUGAAAUGUUUGUUUUAAACAGGUUUAAACAUCCUCAUUGUUACUCUGGUUGUUAAGCAUCAUUAAAAAUGCUCCAAAGCUAUCUAAACUAAUUUAAGCACAUUUGAUUUAUUAAUAUGUACAUCCAUACACUGAAAAAAUAAAACCUUCAAAUUCC